AUGUCUUUCGGCGGCCAUACCCCGACAAUUAUCGUCCUCAAGGAAGGAACCGAUGCGUCCCAGGGCAAAGGUCAAAUUCUCUCCAAUAUCAAUGCUUGUGUAGCUGUGCAAGCAACUGUAAAGCCAACCCUUGGGCCGUAUGGUGGCGAUCUUUUAAUGGUAGAUGAGAAUGGCAAGCAGACGAUCACAAACGACGGCGCCACAGUCAUGAAGAUGCUAGACAUUGUACACCCCGCCGCCCGCAUCUUGAUCGACAUUGCACGCUCCCAAGAUGCGGAGGUUGGCGAUGGGACAACAUCAGUGGUUGUCCUGGCGGGGAGAUCCUCAAAGAGAUGA